AAUUGCUGACUUCAAAUAGUGAAUCAAAUGUUAGAUUAAGUCAUGUACACAUUGUAGAUAUUGAUGGUGAACCAAGUUUAGAUUUUUUUUUUUUUAAAUAUGAAAACUUCCACUUUUGCGAGUUUGCCAAGUGAUGCGUUCAGGCUCUCACGGACUCGGAGGAGAUGCGCACAGGAGACAUCAAGUAGCGUCACUGCAGAACUCCGAGUUCACUUCAGCGGAGGUGCGACGGAAGACGCGUUCACGGACACUAAACGCGUUUCACUACCGCUCUGCGAUGUCUGCAAUCUCUGCCUGGUUCUGGAGUGAGAAGUUCUGGCUGCCAGAGAACGUGACGUGGGUGGACCUGGAGCAUCCGCCACCUGGAGUGGACUACCCCCGGCUGAGACACGUACUAUACGCUCUGCCGUUGGCCGUCGUGGUGCUCCUGCUCCGGCUGCUGUUCGAGAGGCUUGUGGCCAAGCCCUGUGCCCACAUACUUCACAUUCAGGCGGGACACCAUCGACGAGCUCAGCCUAACGUCGUCCUGGAGAGGGUGUAUCAGUCCAAAACGAGUCCGGACUCAAAACAACUGCAAGGACUCUCAAAGCAGCUGGACUGGGACAUUCAGAAGAUACAGAGAUGGUUUCGCAACCGUCGCAGCCAAGACAAGCCGAGUGUGCUGACCAAGUUCUCAGAGAGCAUGUGGAGAUUUACAUUUUACCUGGGGGUUUUUGUCUACGGCCUGCAUCAUUUGUGGCAGACACCAUGGAUGUGGGACACCAGACAGUGUUGGUACAACUAUCCAUUCCAGCAUCAAAGUCCCGAGCAGUACAAUUACUACAUAGCUGAACUGGCUUUCUAUUGGUCGCUCAUGAUCUCACAGUUCACCGACAUCAGACGAAAGGAUUUCGUCAUCAUGCUUGUCCACCACCUGGCCACCAUAUUCCUCAUCACCUUCUCCUACGCCAACAACAUGCUCAGAGCUGGAACUCUGGUCAUGUGCGUGCAUGAUGCAUCCGACAUCUUUUUGGAGGCGGCCAAGUUGGCCAACUAUGCCAAGUACCAGAAGCUAUGUGAUGGGCUGUUCGUGGUGUUCAGCUUCAGUUUCUUCAUCUGCCGACUCAUCAUUUACCCUUUCUGGAUCGUGUACACCGUUUUAUUUGAGAGCUGGGAGAUUGUGGGGCCUUACCAAGCCUGGUGGCUGCUGAACGGGCUGCUGUUGGUCCUGCAGGUCCUUCACAUUAUCUGGUUCUACCUCAUGCUGCGCAUCGCCAUCAAGGCCAUCUUCAAGGGAAAGGUGUCCAAAGAUGACCGCAGCGACAUCGAGAGCAGCUCAGAUGAAGAGAUGGAUUCCACUAAGACUGUUCAACAAAACGGUGGGGCGCACAACCACUGAGUACCAGAAGACGGACAGAUGUUUCCUCUGUGCCUGUUUAACUCACCUCUUUAAAAUAUGUAUCAUUUCAAGUGGAGGCGAUUGACACUCUGUCAUGUUUACAUGUCAUAAGCUUCAAUCAGGAGUGCGCUAAAGUGACUGCGCCCAGCGUGCAGUUUUGCAUACAUAUCAUUAUAUGUACAAAGACUUUAUUACAAAGUGGUAAUAUAUUUUACAGCUGUUAAACCAAAUCCCUGCUUGUGUCUUAUGUACUAUGACUUUUAUGUAGUUUUACAAAGAUUGUAUUGAUGUAAAGAAAAAGAAUUUGUUUUAUUAAA